GACUGCUCUUUUUGGACCAGGAAGUGCGGUGCCAGAUCCACCACCACCACCACCGUUAUAACAAAACAAGGGCUGUUAGGGAGAUACACAUAGUUUUUCCUUGGAUAACCUGGAAUCAUAUUCGUCUUGACAUGGAGGACACACUCUUCCAGUUAAAGUUCACUUCCAAGCAGCUUGAGAGACUGGCCAAGAAGGCAGAGAAGGAGUCGGAAAAGGAGCAGGCCAAGGUUAAGAAGGCGUUGCAACAGAAGAAUGUGGAUUGUGCCAGAGUGUAUGCUGAAAAUGCCAUCCGAAAAAAAAACGAAGGUCUCAAUUGGCUGCGCAUGGCAUCUCGAGUCGACGCGGUAGCCUCCAAAGUCCAGACUGCUGUCACCAUGAAGGGAGUGACCAAAAACAUGGGCCAGGUGACCAAAGCUCUGGACAGAGCUCUAAACUCCAUGGAUCUCCAAAAGGUCUCUGCCGUCAUGGAUAAGUUUGAAACCCAAGUCCAGAACCUCGACGUCCACACCUCAGUGAUGGAGGAUUCCAUGAGCUCAGCAAUGACGCUGACCACGCCUCAGGAACAGGUGGACGACUUGAUCCACCAAAUAGCAGAGGAGAGCGGCCUGGAGGUGAUGGACCAGCUCAGCCAGCUGCCUGCAGGAGCCACCUCGGUGGGCGCAGAGAGCUCUCGGAGCCAGGAGAGGGAAGACCAGCUGUCUCGACGGUUGGCUGCUCUGCGGAACUGAGGACUCGUCCUGGAGAAGAGACCGGACUUGUUCCGGCUGUGUGGAAGCAGACGAGUUUAAUGAUGGUGACAGGAGCUGUGUGUGUGUUUCUAUUGAACUGUUCCUACAAGGACUUAAUGAGACUAUCGAUUACCAUCCCCCUG